UUAAAAAUAGAAGUAUUAACAUAUAAUUUACACAUCCUCACUCUAUUAUGUAGGGUUUGAAAUUACAGCGUGAACCAAUAAUUAAUGAUUCAUUGGUAAAAUUUAAACUCGAGAUAUUUGACGGUAGUACUACACCACAUCUUUUCCAGUAGAGUAGACGGACAGUUAAAAGAUUAGUCAAUUGGUAUUGUAAAUUACAAAUAACUUAGAAAAACUAGAUUAUUAUUAUUAUUAUUAUUAUCGUUCAAUUAAAGGGCAUUUCCGUCCAACAAGGAUCAUCUUCACAUCUCUAAGGGUAAAACCGUCCAAAAAAAAUCUCAUAGGCGGGAGAUAAAAUAGAAAGAGAGUAACACAAAGUCCCUUCUCAUUCUCUCUCUCUCUCUCUCUCUCUCUCUCUCUCUCUCUCGCGCAGAUUAUUCAGAAGAAAACCAAAAAAAAAAAUCGCAACUAUUUCUCAACAGAUCCGAUUCCGCGUACCUUUUUUUUUUGUUGCUGUGGAUCUGGGAAUCCAAUGGAGGAACAGAUGAAGGAUCGGAAUCGAAGACCGGGAUCGGCGCCGGAGGAGGAGAGCCAGAGCCAGAGUUCCCGGCGACGGUGGAGAACCGAAACGGAGCAGAAGAUCUACUCCUCGAAGCUUCUAGAAGCCCUCCGGCGAGUACGAAGCACUGAGUCACCGGCGCCGACGAGAUCUCGAGCUUUGCGCACCGCCGCCGAUCGUGCUCUCGCCGUCGCCGCACGCGGUCGCACGCGAUGGAGCAGGGCCAUCCUUUUUAAAGCCCAAGCCCAAACGCGUCGGUCUAGAAAUUUGGGUCGGUUUAAGCGAACCGGACCGGUCGGUUCGGUUCAGAGAGUUAAAAACCCGGUUCAUCAGAAGGUUAGAGUGUUGAGCCGGCUCGUGCCGGGUUGCCGGAAGUUAUCCUUCUCGAAGCUUCUAGAAGAAGCUUCGGACUACAUCGCUGCUCUGGAGAUGCAGAUCAAGGCAAUGACCGCCAUGACGGAGAUGCUCAUCGGAGGGACGGCGCCGGCGCCGGCGUCGGCGCAGAGGUUGAGUUGAUUCGGCUCCAGCUUUGUUCUAUAUUUGGAGUUUUUGCAAAUACCUCCCUGAUAUUUUCUUAAUGGUACUUUCGUAAAUACA